ACCGCAGAUGGAGGGGUCGCCUCACCCCGUCAGCAUGCAGCCACAAGUAUACGCCCCGGCUUAUCCGUGGUAGCAGUUCUCAUAACGACUAGCGCAGAACGUUGUUAUGAGCAGGUGUUCGUACAAAGGUAUCUGGCCACACUUACAUUUCUCCUCAAAUUUGACACGACGAAAAAGCACUUGAAGCUCUCCUCCCUCAAUCAUACCCCGUCAUCUGUCCGCCAUGAUCAGGCUUCGGCAGACCGAAACUCGUUGGGCAAGGAGCUUUCCAACAUUUGUCGCAUCGUCAAAUGCAUCGUAUACUUGCACCUACGAGCGUGGGAAGGGUCCUUGUAACAAAGCAUUUUCCAGGAAAUGUGAUCUACGGUCAGUCCCUGAACAUUUUCGUUUCCAUGUGACUGAUAUGUCUUCAAGCCGUCACCAAAGAAAUCAUACCAAACCUUCAAAGUGUCUCAAGUGCAACAAGGGCUUUCCAUCACCCAAGGACCUCGAGCGACACGAUAGUUGUGUGCACAACAAAACAGUGAGGUACUUCUGUCCCGACGACCAGUGCAGAGUCUCCACCCCAGGCUGGUCGAGCGACGGGUUUCCAAGAAAGGAUCAUUGGCAGAAGCACAUGAAACAAAAGCACUCCAUGUCGCGGGAUCUAAUACAAGCUCUGCAAACACAGGGUAUUCCAAUGGCGGUUCUGAAGGAUGACAGCUGGAUCCCUGUCUUGCCCAAGCAAUCAGAGACUGCCUCUCGGGAAGCUGGAAAUGUUGAUUUCUAACAUGGAAGACCCAGUUAAAAUGCAAGAUCAUUCCUCAUAUGAGGUCAAGAUGCGUGCCAUACGAUCACAUUGCACAAAUGAAGCACGCAAACAAUCAGAUAACCAACAAAGCUUCGAGUUUUGGCUGUCACACAUCUAUAUCUCGAAGACAAUCGUCCCUCUUGUCUUCCCACCCUCCGCCUUUACUAAGGCAUCCUUAAACUUUUCCAACGGCCACACACUAUCGAGCGCCGGCACAAAUCCUCCUCCGUCCAUCAACCUCAUACUCUUCGCCUCACAACCUGCAAGUCUCUUCUGGUCCGGGGG